AUGCUCCAACGCAUCCUCUCCUUUCUGGCUUCGCUGCUGGGCUAUGUGUUUGGCAACCUGAGCAGCCUCGUGACGGCGACGCACGAGUCGACGCCGACGCACACGGUGCUGCUGCACACGAGCCCUGUCGUGCGCUACCGCGGGCCGCAGACGUACCUGCCCAUCAGCGUGGUGGCGCACAAUGUCGAUGAGCGCGACCUGCGUGUCAACACGUCUGCCGUCGUCGAGGGCAUCCGCAUCACCCUCGUCCGCCGCGGCUGGCGUGCAGGCCUGUUUGGAUGGACGGCCGCGCGCUACCUGGGCGUGCGCACGGACAGUGGGGUCGAGGUGACGCCGGCGUCGGUCAAGCGCUGGGACGUGGCCCACGACGGCGCGGCGCAGGCCGACUCGCUCGACGACUACGACUCGCACAAGCUCGACGACGAGGACGACCCGGCGCCGCUCGAGCUGCCGACGCCGACGCUGUCGUCGAAGCGCCAGACGUCGUUUGACAAGCAGCUCAAGCACCUCGCCAUGGCGCACGGGGUGCCGCCCGGCCACGUGGUGAGCACCCACCUGGUGCGCCUGCCCGUCUCGAGCGGCGACGGCUACUUUCGCCUGUGCCUCCAGGUGCCUGAUUCUGCUGCUGGUGGAAAGCGACGGACAACUUCAGUCACCGCAUACUCGCCCACCUUUCGCCUGUUCUCGCUCUCGCUCUCGUCGGCCUGCCCGCGCGGCUCGUCGGUGCUGCCGCCGACGAUUGUGCCGGAGCUGCUGCUGCGGACGCUGAGCACUGCGCUGCUGGGCUCCCUCUUUGCGCUCUCGCCGCUGGCCCUGCUCGCCGACAAGGUGCUGCCCUCGUCGGUGGGCCGCUGGCUGCUCCGGCGCCUCUACCGCGCCCUGGGCGGCGACGAGAAGCGGGCCCAGGCGAUGCAGCGCUGGAACGCGGGCCAGCGCUGGGAGCAGCUCAAGCGCCUCGUCGACUCGGGCGUGCCCUGGAGCGGCGCGGGCAUCCGCACCGCGUGGGAGAUUGAGCGCGACGAGAAGCGCCAGCGCGGCGGCGUGUCCUUUGUGCGGUAG